AUGCGACGGAACCGUGCUCCGACUCCUCCGGCCUCGCCCUACCGGGCGCUGGCGCACCACCAUACCCACCAUACCGCGAGUGCCCAGACGGGACAGCAGCAGGUUCAGGAUUCUGUGUCCUCACUCAUCAGGUCAUUCAAUGUGGCGACGAACCCGACGCGGCCCAUGCGCCCCUCGCCGCUAACGGCUUCGACCAUUCGAGACAUGCCGCUUGACCUAGUCGACCGCAUCCGAUCCUUUCCCCUCUUCAUGUCUGCCCCGGAAGACUUUCUGGUUGCCAUAGGCGCACAUCUCAGACCCCAAAUCAACUCGGCCCACGACCAUAUCCUCAGCGAGGGAGACGAAGCAAAAGCAAUGUAUUGGCUAGUCCGUGGCGUCGUUGCCGUCACCUCCCGGGAUGGCGAGGCCGUCUAUGCCGAACUCAAGCCGGGCGCCUUCUUUGGAGAGAUCGGCGUGCUCAUGGACAUUCCAAGAACUGCCACCAUCAUUGCGAGAACAAAAUGCCUGCUUGUGGUUCUCAAGAAAGAGGACCUCCAGGCUGAGCUACCAAAGUACCCCGAAAUGGAGAAGGCAAUUCGACAGGAGGCCCAAGAGAGAUUGACCAUCCUCAAGAAGAAGCGCCAGGAAAAUGGACAGGCCACCAAGCUACCCGAUAGCACUGCCUCUAAACUGUCGCACGAGGCGGCGUCAGGCAAAGUCAACACGGGGGAGGUAGGCAUCAUCAAAGAGGGGGUUGCAGUGAACACCAAGAAGCGUAAGUCGCCAAGCCCCGGUGCGAUCGAAGACCCUGCCGUCGGUGGCAGCGCGCUGGGAAGCGGCUACGUCAACGUUCGCAAGACACUCAAAGAACUGCCUCUAUUCUCAACACUACCUCCCGACGCAUUACACGUUCUUGGUCUCAACGCACAGCCAAAAUCCUACUCUCCCUUCACCGACAUCAUCCGCCAAGGCAGCCCCGGCAAUGAGAUAUUCUUCAUUGUCCGUGGUGAGGCCGAAGUGAUUCACGAGCUGUCGAGCCCGCCCAGUCAGAAGCGCGUAACCCGGUCAUCCUAUUCUCGGCCACGGUUAAAGCAAGGGCAGUACUUCGGAGAGGUGGCCAGUCUAGGGCUUUCCGAGGGCAGGACGGCGACGGUACGGUCGAUCACCGCUGUGGAGUGCCUCAUCAUUGGUGGGGAAGCUUUGGAUGAGCUCUGGAGGCGUUGUCCGCCCGAGAUUAAAUCUCAGGUUGAAGAGACCGCAAGGAAGCGAUAUCGCUCGUCUGAUGAAGACGUCGAGAUGGCCGAUGCCGUGAGCAAUGGUCUUCCAGGCCGUGAGCCGCCAACGCCGUCGAAGCAGUCUGUCACGGUUCCGCAGGUCACGUUUACUACGCCUUCCAAACCUGGCUCGCCAACAAAGGACGAAGCUGAGACAAGGCAGCCAUCGGAUCCCGACCCUUUCUUAAGCGUAGAUAUGGAAAACCUCCGCAACCGCCGACGCAACUCCCUCGCCCCUCCAACCCCCCAGACGGACUCGUCGCCCAUCGUAAGCGGUGUCAAGCCCAACGGGAUCGAGGGCACCAGGAUUUUUGCGCCUUUUACUGCGCUGCCGUUCGAUGACUCCCCCAUGCCAUCCAAGCGCGCAAAAAUACUUCAAAGUUCGCACAUGCUAGACAAAUGGGAGAGGCCUUUGCUUCCCGAUGGUGUCCUGGUUGCCAUUUUCGACCACCUAGAUCUUGUUGAGAUGAUUCGGCUGAGAAUCGUCUCUAAAAACUGGAGACGACUGCUCACCGAGUGUCCGAAGCUCUGCACAUAUGUCGAUCUCAGCCCGAUCAACCGGAAAGUGACGGAUUGGUCAUUGGCCAACAUCCUAGCCCCAUUUAUUGGCACGCGACCGACUGAGAUUGACAUCAGCAACUGCUUUCACAUCACCGACGAAGGCUUCCAAGCACUCUGGAAAAUGUGUGGCAAGAACAUCAAGAUAUGGAGGAUGAGGAGUGUGUGGGACGUGUCUGCAGGCCAGAUUCUUGACAUGAGCGAGAAUGCAAAAGGACUCGAAGAGGUGGACUGGAGCAACUGCCGCAAAGUUGGCGACAAUCUUCUUGCUAGAGUGGUGGGGUGGGUUGUCCCGGAAACAUUACCGCCUCGUGAAAACAAGAACGUCGUCAUCUCAAGUUCUUCGGCCAGGGGGAGGAGGGGGUCACAGAAUCAGAGACCAGAGAAACCGAACGGAGGCCCACCAACAGCUCUGCUUCCUCCUCCACCGGGCACUGUCAUCGGAUGCCCAAGACUUAAACGCCUCAAUCUUUCCUACUGCAAGCACAUUACCGACCGCUCCAUGGUGCACCUGGCUGCCCACGCCUGCAACCGGCUCCAAUCCCUGUCGCUAACGCGUUGCACAGCUAUCACCGACGCAGGGUUUCAGUCAUGGGCUCCGUACCGCUUCACCGAGUUGACCCAUCUGUGUCUUGCUGAUUGCACCUACCUGUCGGAUAACAGCAUAGUUGCCCUUGUCAGUGCGGCCAAGAACCUCACGCACCUAGACCUCAGUUUUUGCUGUGCACUAUCUGACACGGCAACCGAAGUGGUUGCUUUGGGCCUGCCGAUGCUGCGAGAGCUGAGGCUCGCAUUCUGCGGCAGCGCCGUCAGCGAUGCUAGCCUGGGUUGUGUUGCGCUCCAUCUAAACGAACUGCGAGGCUUGAGCGUCCGAGGCUGUGUUAGAGUCACUGGCAACGGAGUCGAGAAUGUGCUAGAAGGAUGCGGACGACUUGAAUGGAUCGAUGUCAGCCAGUGCAAGAAUCUAGCCGGUUGGCUGCACGGUGGUGGUGUUUCGCGGUGGGGAUUCGACGAACGCGGCCAGGGACUAAAAGACGACGGCUGGAAGAUUGCGAGCGCUAGGAUCCCUCCUCCUCAGGGUGGGAAGAUGGGGCCUGGUGGCGUGGGUGGCGGUAUCAGCGUUGCCGUUCAACGAGGCUCCGGACACGCCAAAGUUCUCGGCCCCGGGCCGGUUAUGCGGCCGGUAAUCCCGCCCAAAGGUGCCAGCAGCCGCAAGCGGCAGUUCCCAGGCGGCCACCUCGAAGUAGGCGAAAGCUUCUUCGAGUGCGCAGAGCGCGAGACGCUCGAGGAGACGGGCCUGCGGGUUCGCGCCGAGAAGCUCGUUGCCGUGACAAACGACGUUUUUGAUCCCGCGGCGAAGCAUUACAUUACCUUGUUUGUGGCCUGCCGGCGGCUAGAUGAGACACAAGAGCCAGAGACGAUGGAGCCUGAAAAGUGCGAGGGAUGGUAUUGGACAACUUGGUCGGAAAUCAAGGAGCUUACGAGCAGCGAGGAAGGCAAAGAACGAUUCUUUCUGCCUAUCAUAAACCUCCUCGGCGAGCAUGCUAAUAUCGAGAGCCUAUUUAAGGAAUGA